UCUAAGAUGGUGUUUGGGUGAAUGCGAAAGGGAAGCUUACACAGUCUUCUUGCAGGACUUACGAGGAAAGUCUUAGAAUUCACGCAGAUCAGAAUGGCAACAUACAUGCUUAACAUUGAAUUCUGUGCAAGAAAGAAAAAACUUAAUAUAUUCCUUGCCAACCAGUGGUGGAAAAACCCUUGUGGCUGAGAUUUUAAUGCUACAAGAACUGCUUUGCCGGCGGAAAGAUGUUUUAAUGAUCCUACCAUAUGUGGCAAUUGUCCAAGAAAAGAUUUCAGGUUUGUCAAGCUUUGGUGUAGAACUGGGUUUUUUUGUUGAAGAAUACGCUGGAAGCAAAGGAAGAUUUCCUCCAAUUAAAAGAAGGGAGAAGAAAUCACUAUACAUUGCCACUAUUGAAAAAGGACAUGGUUUGAUCAACUCCUUGAUUGAAACUGGAAGGAUUAGCAGUCUGGGUCUGGUUGUUGUAGAUGAGUUGCACAUGAUUGCUGAAGGAAGUCGUGGGGCUGUCCUGGAAAUGACCCUUGCAAAAAUCCUCUACACUAGCAAAACAACUCAAAUUAUUGGUAUGAGUGCAACGUUGAACAAUGUUGAAGACCUGCAAGAAUUCCUUCAAGCAGAAUAUUACACCAGUCAGUUCAGACCAGUUGAAUUAAAAGAAUAUCUGAAAAUAAAUGAUGGAAUAUAUGAAGUUGACAGUAAAGCUGAGGAUGGCAUGACUUUUUCACGUCUCCUUAAUUAUAAGUAUACUGAUACUCUGAAAAAGAUGGAUCCUGAUCACUUGGUAGCAUUGGUGACAGAAGUUAUUCCCAAUAAUUCCUGCUUAGUUUUUUGUCCCACUAAGAAGAACUGUGAAAACGUAGCAGAAAUGAUAUGCAGAUUUUUAAGCAAGGAAUAUCUGAAACACAGGGAAAAAGAAAAGCAGGAGGUGAUUGAGAACUUGAAGAAUAUCAGCAGUGGCAACUUGUGUCCUGUUUUAAAGCGCACUAUCCCGUUAGGAGUUGCCUAUCACCAUAGUGGUUUAACGAGUGAUGAAAGGAAGCUCUUGGAGGAGGCCUAUUCCACAGGAAUUCUCUGCCUUUUAACCUGCACAUCCACCCUAGCAGCAGGUGUUAACCUACCAGCUCGAAGAGUUAUUUUGAGAGCUCCCUAUGUUGCUAAGGAAUUUUUAAAGAGAAAUCAAUAUAAACAGAUGAUCGGAAGAGCUGGCCGUGCUGGAAUAGAUUCUUCUGGGGAGAGUAUCCUUAUAUUGCAAGAAAAAGACAAGCAACAGGUAUUGGAGUUGAUAAGCAGACCACUAGAAAACUGUUACAGCCAUCUCUUUCAAGAAUUCACCAAGGGAAUCCAAACCUUGUUUCUCUCAUUGGUUGGUUUAAAGAUUGCAACAGAUCUUGGUGACAUAUAUCGCUUUAUGAGUGGAACAUUGUUUGGUGUUCAGCAAAAGAUUUUGUUGAAAGAAAAAAGUCUCUGGGAAAUAACUGUUGAGUCACUUAGACACCUGACAGAAAAAGGACUCCUACAAAAAGAUACCAUUUUGACAGAAAAAGAUCUUACACUAAAAGACGCUAUUUAUGAGUCUGAAGAAUGGUUACGGUAUAGUUUUCAUAUUACAAAGUUGGGACGAGCUUCUUUUAAAGGAACUAUAGAUUUGGCUUAUUGUGACAUUCUCUACAGAGAUUUGAAGAAAGGUCUUGAAGGCCUUGUACUUGAAAGCCUUCUUCAUCUAAUUUACCUAGCCACUCCCUAUGAUAUGGCUUCGCAGUGUGACCCUGAUUGGAUGAUAUACUUCAGACAGUUUAACCAGCUCAGUCCAGCAGAGCAAAAUGUGGCUGCUCUUGUCGGAGUCUCUGAAAACUAUAUUGGGAAGAAGGCAUCAGGUCAAGCUAUCAAGAAGAAGGUGGACAAGGACAUUGUGAACAGACUCUACCUGUCUUUUGUUCUUUAUACCUUGCUCAAAGAGACCAAUAUUUGGAGUGUGUCUGAAAAAUUUAAUAUGCCUCGAGGAUAUAUCCAAAGUCUUCUCGCUGCAGCUGCCGCGUUCUCAUCCUGUGUGUUCCAUUUCUGCGAGGAACUUGAGGAGUUUUGGGUUUAUAAAGCCCUUUUGAUAGAACUUACCAAGAAGCUAACUUACUGUGUAAAGGCAGAACUAAUCCCUCUCAUGGAAGUGACUGGAGUUUUAGAGGGUCGAGCAAAACAGUUAUACAACGCAGGUUACAAAAGUUUAGCACACUUGGCUAAUGCAAAUCCUGAAGUGCUAAUAAGGACAAUUGAUCAUUUAUCAAGACACCAGGCCAAGCAAAUCAUUUCAUCAGCAAAGAUGCUGUUGCAGGAAAAAGCAGAGGCUUUGCAAGAAGAAGUAGAAGAGCUAUUGAGAUUACCUUCUGAUUUCCCUUCCGUCGAAAAGGUUUACACCAGCACUGCUGUCGUUAGGGCCCUGCUGCCAAAGACUCGCCUUUUUCAAGAUGUUGGACUAGAGCAAUAUGUGUUUGUGCAGAAGACGCGGAAGGUCCUUGAGAGAAGCAAAAGAAGAAAGGUUGGACCAGUGUCAUCGUCUUCGUCCACAGAAAACUCUGAGCCGCUGACAGGACCAGAACUGGCUGGUCAACAGCACAGGAAAACCCAUUUGCACAGCCUUGAGGGCCCAGCCCUUUGCAGGUGCCGGAACAGCAGGGCCGGAUUCCCCCGUGCAUCCGCUCAAGCAGUGACGGCUGCCCAUGCUUUACCGAGGAAAACGAUGACGUUCUGCUGGCUGGAUCUGGUCUUAGAGGUCAUGCUGUUGGUGACAUUCCUGGAGUUGCUGUAA